UUCACAAUCCGUACACGGACGUAAACAGUACUCAAUACAACUUUAAAAAAAUGCUUCCAUCAUAUCUCUCGUAUGUUAGUAGCCAAUCGGUUGACAAUAGUAGGGAAUGUCUAAAUAACCAUGGCAGUGAAUCUGUAAGCUCAAUAUAUCCGGUCGAGCAAUAUAUGUUACGCACUCAACUGCUGCUACUAGACUACAAACAGUUCAUGGCCGCUCGCACCAUACAAAGACAUGUUCGUGGCUUUAUCGUUCGUCAGCGAAUGCAGAGAGAGCUGAAAGCAGCCAUAAUUAUUCAGAGGGCUUGGCGUCGAUGUGCGGCCAAGCGACAUCUGAUUAUUUUCGCACAGGAGCGCACUCAGGAGUCAAUACAGAUCAUGUACCACGAUUCGUGUGUAAAGAUACAGUCCUACUUCCGCGGCUGGUGGUCGCGCAAGUAUGUUAACAAUAUGCUCUUCCUCAAGAACAUGCAGCUGCAAUGUGUGGAGGAGCUGAUCUAUGCGUAUGCCUUGAAGUUGCACACGAUGAUGCGAACUGGGCAUCUGCCAGGAUAUGCUAGUUUGUGUAAGGAGCCGCACAGUUCUAAAGUAAAUGACCUGCUAACGAUAUUGACCUAUCGAUUCUAUAAUCGAUAUGUGUGCAAUAAAUAUAUGGUAAGGAAAUCUGAUAUGGAGAAACAUCGUCGCGAUUUCAUGGAUGCCGCUUUUCGUACUGGUCUGCCAUUCAUGGGCUUCAAUCACAAUAGUGCAUGCAAGCGAUGGGCACCUCAAUAUGAUAUUAUGCCCAAAGAGUAUGAAAAUCGUGAAUACGACAUUUUACAGAUCUUUUUGACACAGAGUCGAAUGACCGAUUUACAGAAACGAUUUCUGGAAAAAGAAAGGGCAUUAAGGAAAAGUUUUCGAUAUGGUGGAAAAGAAGCGCUUUUCUGCCGAGAUGUCGCAAACAGCAUGAGAUUCUGGCGCGCCUGUGAUGUGUGUAAGGAUAAGGUCACGGACAGCCUAAUGGGCGAUCAAUUUAAAAAUUAUCUAUCCAAUAUCAAAUUUUUUCUGGAGCAAAUGCAAUUUGUGGCCAACUGCAAUUGCUCGAUGGAUAAGAAACAGCCAGAGCUUCUAAAAUGCAGCCCGAAAUCACACAAAAAACCAGUUCUACCUACAAGCCCAAAGAAGAAGGAAAAACAUGUACAAAUAAUGGCGCAAUAAGGCAAAAAAAAAAAAAAAAAUUAACCAUAGACAUGUUUAUCGUAAAGUUUAGCGAAACUAAUGGAUGUAAAAAGGAGUAGAGAAUAUAUAGAGUUUAAUGAUUUAUGUUUACGCAUUGACAAAUAAAUUGUGCCAGCAUAUGAAUGCUAAA